CCUCCAACCGCCCGCGCACCCCGACUCCCGCGAGAAAAAUAACGCUCUCUCUCUCUCACACACACACACAAGCCAUUACUGAGUGAGAGAGAAUAGUGUGCGCGCGCGUGACAAUAAAAACCACUAAAAAAACCCUUUCAUUUCUCUCUCUAAAACCCCCACUCGAACUCGAUCAAAAACAUUCCCACGAGGCACACAACAAACACUCUCUUCUUUCUCACUCACUCUUGUUCAUACACUACAUAUACUUAUAGCCAUCCGUACAUAUGUACAUAUACGAUAUAUUUGUAUAGUUAUAUGUAUUUAUAAAUUAAUUUAAAGGGCAAUGGAGAGGUACAGUGGGACCCAGGCAAUGGAGGGUGCUCCGGUGUCGGAAUGGACUUCUCCCGGCGGCGAUACUGGGCUCGAAGAGGCUAUGUGGCAGUUGUCGGUGGGAAGUGGCCCAGAAUCGUACCCUGAACGGCCCAACGAGGCCGAUUGUAUUUAUUAUUUGAGGACGGGCUUCUGUGGCUAUGGCUCUCGCUGUCGGUUCAAUCAUCCUCCCGAUUGUAAUUUGGUUAUGGGAGCUGCGAGAGCUAUCGGAGGAGGAGGAGGAGAAGGAGAAUACCCCGAAAGAGUGGGUCAACCAGUUUGCCAGUACUAUAUGAGGACGGGGAUGUGUAAAUUUGGUACUUCCUGCAAAUAUCACCAUCCAAGACAGGGAGGUGUAUCUCCAGCCCUGAUGACACAUAACAUUUAUGGAUACCCGCUGCGACCGUUCCUGGCACAGGGUGAAAAGGAAUGCUUGUUCUAUAUGAAAACAGGGCAGUGUAAAUUUGGCAUCACCUGUAAAUUUCACCAUCCUCAGCCAGCUGGUGUGCAAGUGCCAGCAUCAGCAGCUAGACCUGGAGCAUUUCCUUUGCCAGCGGCUGUUCUCCCACCAGCCACUUAUCCAGCAGUGCAAUCUCCUUCUGUUCAAUCAGCUCAACAAUAUGGAGUGGUUGCUAGCAACUGGCCGGUUGUGAGGCCUACUCUGCUUCCAGGUUCCUAUCUUCCUGGCACAUACGGUCCUUUGCUUUUCCCCCCUGGGAUGGUUCCUGUGCCAGGUUGGACUCCUUAUCCGGCAUCUGCUAGUCAAGUGCCCUCGCUAACUACUCAGCCUGCUGCUGGAGCAGGUCCAGUUUAUGGGCUUACACAACUAUCUGCAUCAGCACCUGCCUACAUGGGACCGUACACGUCUCUUACUGCUUCUAUAGGUCCUUCAGGCAGCAUCCAGAAGGAACAUGCUUUCCCAGAAAGGCCUGGGCAACCUGAAUGUCAGUAUUACAUGAAGUAUGGGGAUUGCAAAUUUGGAUCUUCAUGUAGAUACCAUCAUCCACCUGAGUGGAGUGGACCAAAAUCAGGUUUUAUCCUCAGUGCCAUGGGUCUUCCUCUUCGUCCUGGUGCACCAAUUUGCUCUCACUAUUCACAAAAUGGAGUGUGCAAAUUUGGACCUUCUUGCAAGUUUGACCAUCCAAUGGGAAUAAGCUAUAGUCCCUCAGCAUCGUCUCUCGUUGAUAUGCCGGUUGCGCCUUACCCAGUCGGAUCUUCUGUUGGUACUUUGGCUCCCUCCUCCUCAUCCUCAGAUUUGAAGCCUGAACUUGUAUCUGGAUCCACCAAGGAUGCCUUCUCUACCCAAAAGUCUUCUAUGAGCACUUCAAGCGGUUCAGUUGGUUCAAUGUUCUCAAAGGGUGGUCCUAUUUCUCAUUCUGGUGUUCAACAGUCUAUACAGAGUUCUACCUCUUCCAGUGGCAGCAGCAGUACAGGUCGCGAUGGUGAGGCUCAAACAUCAAGUUGAGAGAAAAGAUUGAGAAAUCACAUUUUUCUACUGCUCAAUGAUCAUGAACAAGGAUUCCGUUUUUGGUGCUAGCCUUUCUUAGGAAGCUUUUAUCUUAGUCAUCUUGGUUCCUCCCAUUCACAUCUAGCACGCACUCUAGUUCUGUCUUUCUGUGUUCAUAUAAUCACCACGUGGCCCACCUUUUCCAUCUAGCACACACUCUAGUUCUGUCAUUUUGUGUUCAUAAAAUCACCACAUGGCUCACCUUCGCCAUUUUCGCCCAUUUUGAAUAAGUGUAUUCCAUCCUUCAGAGGUCCAACAACCCUCAAUGGAGGCCUGUACUAGCCUUCCGAAUAACUAGUAACAAAAAUCACCUUCCUUUUUAGAUGUCAUUUUUGGACCUUGUUGUGGUUAUUUAUGUGGUAGUCUUUUAGGGAACCAAAAAAAAAAAUUUCUGCUGUGUCAUUCUCCUUCCAAUUGGACUGUCUUCACUCCUGUCCUAUUUGGUCCCUUUUAAAACUGGGGACAAGCUCCCACUUGACUAUAGGAAUGAAUACCUUGGUCUUGUUGUUUUGGUGUGGGACUUUCUUGUGAAGAAAACAGCUGAUUCACAGAUUCCGAGCAAGGCAAAUGUAUUGCUGCCUUUAUGGGAUCUACCUGAUACUUUAUGUUGUGAUAUGGGAAAUCACCCAACCUUUUUUUCUUUUAUAAUAAUAUUUAACACCAAAUACAGCAAAAUUCCAAGGGAAAACCUUGACUUUGUAAGAAUUCAAUUUCUGUUUAUAUCAAAUUCAGACUCAUCACUGUCAUUUUGAUGCAA